AUGGUGGACCGAUCGGACGCGUCCCAGCGGGUGAUGAUCCCUUGGCUGUACGACCUCGUCUUGUGGCUCUUCACCUGGGCUCUGGAUCUCUUCUUCCGCGAGAUUUAUCCCCGUGGAGCCUGGAGAAUUCCCGAAAAGGGUCCGGUACUGAUUGUCGCUGCCCCUCAUGCCAAUCAGUUCGUCGAUUCGGCCAUCUUGAUGCAUCUGCUCAAGUCGCAGGCCAAGCGCAGAGUGUCGUUCUUGAUUGCGCAAAAAUCUAUGAGGGAGCCAUAUAUCGGCACUCUCGCAUCUUGCAUGGGCGCUCUUCCAGUUGUUCGUUCCAUGGAUUUGACCAAACCGGGGAAGGGCACCAUCUAUCUUCCCGAUCCCGAAAGUGACUCCACCCUAGUCAAUGGAGUCGGCACCGAUUUCACGCAGCCCGAAUUUAUGAGCGGCGGCUCUCUCACCGUCAAAGGUCCCGACGGACCUCAAACUGCGACGAUUGACGAGAUCCUCAGCGCGAUUAGUCUUCGGCUGAAGAAGGCAUUUGCUUCUCCACUUUCUGAUGACCCGGGUCACAAGGGCCAGUCUUUCAAGAUCGCACCGCACGUUGACCAGAGCCAGAUGUUUGAUGCCGUCUACAAAGAGCUUUCGAAUGGAGGCUGCAUCGGCAUUUUCCCUGAGGGAGGUAGCCAUGACCGGUCUAACCUGUUACCUCUCAAAGCGGGUGCGGCCUUGAUGUCACUGGGAGCCCUCGCCCGCGAUCCUGAUUGCGGCUUAUCGAUCGUGCCAUGUGGUAUGAACUACUUCCAUGCCCACAAGUUCCGAUCAAGAGGAGUUAUAGAGUUCGGGAGACCAAUCCACGUGCACCCCGAUCAAGUCGAGGCCUUCAAGGCCGGAGGCAAGAGUAAACGCAAUGCCGUGGGAUCUCUGCUUGAAACUAUCUAUGAAGGUCUCGAGGCUGUCACCCAGAUCAGCCCCGACCAUGAGACACUCAUCCUGGUCCAAUCGACCAGGAAGCUCUACAACCCGAUCAGCAAAAAGGUGCCUUUGCCUCUUGUGAUAGAGUUCAAUAGGCGGCUUUUGAAGGGCUAUGAGAAGCACCACGAUGAUCCACGCGUCGUAACCCUCAGAAAGGCUGUGAAAGAGUACAACAGACGCUUGGAAUCGCUUGGAAUCAAAGACCACCAGGUUGAGUGGGGUAAUCUUGACGAAAAGCCCUGGUGGCUCACGCUUAUUACUUUAUUCUAUCGAUUGUGCAAGCUUUUGGUAUUGAGCUUUGGAACUCUGCCAGGAGUUCUACUUUUCUGGCCCGUCUUCGUCGCCACGAAGGUGAUCUCGGAGAAUAAGAGACGGCGUGCGCUGGCAGCAUCCGUCGUCAAGCUUCAAGGACAUGAUGUCAUGGGGACAUGGAAGAUACUCGUCGCUAUGGGACUAGCACCAACGUUGUACGCCUACUACACGAUCAUUGUAACUGUUUGGUUGUAUUACAAUCGGCACGAGGGCUAUUACACCCAUUCUGUUCCCACAUGGAUGGCAGCGAGGACCUACGUGCCCGAUGCAAUUCCUCUUUGGAUGUUUGCGAUGGGAUUCUACGCCCACAUGGUCUUCGUCAGUUACGCAGCUCUCCGCUUCGGCGAGGUAGGGAUGGAUAUUUUGAAAUCUCUAACGCCCCUUGUGAUUGCCCUGAGCCCUUGGUCCUCCACGUCGCUGGCUAAAUUAAGAGAGCAUCGCGAAGCACUCUCGGAGCAAGUCACUGAAACUAUCAAUGACCUUGGAUUUGGCAUUCUUCCCGAUGUUGAUGCUGAAAUCCCAUCCGAUACAUACAGGCCAGAUGCCUAUCAAUCCCGUCUUAAGAGCAUGCCGCCGAGUGAACCGAGUAGUCGAGAGCGCAGUCGGAGCAGGUCCAAUGGCCCUGCUGGUACUCAGAAAAUGAAGGGGCUCAGCUCUAUCAACUCCGAGGGCGAUCUGGAAAAGAUUGAUCGAAAGAUUCAGACGCAGUUGAAGGGACGAGGGAGACGAUCAAACACUAUCGGUGCAUUCGAGACGGGCGAGUCAAUUCUAAAAUACAAGAUGACCCCUGGGGUGAAAGAGGACAAGAAGAAGAGAUAA